GUAAAAAUGGACUGACCGUCUUGGAUGAUGGUAAGACCGAAAAGAAAAUUCACGUUGAAGUCCCGUUGGAGCCUGAAUUUGGACUUGAUAAUAUUCGGGUGUAUGUGGAGUCCAAGAAACUUGUUGUUCACGGCUACAAGAAUAUCCCAGAUGAUAAAGGCCGAUAUGAAGAAGACUACC